GAUCACUCAUGUCUAUAUUAAUCGAAGUAUACCAGAGAUUCAAGUAAGAGAGGAAGAUACAUCUCUAGCCGAUGACUCUCUCGGCGGUAGCAUCGGACGCCGAUGAUUCCGUCGCUUAUACAUUCGCUUCGCGAUACGUUCGCGAGGCUCUUCCCCGGUUCAGGAUACCGGAGCAGUCGAUCCCCAAGGAUGCGGCGUACCAGAUCAUCAACGACGAGCUGAUGCUCGACGGGAACCCGCGGUUGAAUCUGGCGUCGUUCGUGACGACGUGGAUGGAGCCGGAGUGCGAUCGCCUCAUCAUGGCGGCCGUCAACAAGAACUACGUCGACAUGGACGAGUACCCCGUCACCACCGAGCUCCAGAAUCGCUGCGUAAAUAUGAUAGCCCACCUUUUCAAUGCCCCAAUUGGGGAAGACGAAACGGCUGUUGGAGUUGGAACUGUGGGGUCCUCAGAAGCAAUCAUGCUUGCAGGGCUUGCAUUCAAGAGGAAAUGGCAGAACAAAAGAAAGGCAGAGGAGAAGCCUUACGACAAACCCAACAUUGUUACCGGUGCAAAUGUUCAGGUUUGCUGGGAGAAAUUUGCAAGGUAUUUUGAAGUUGAACUGAAAGAAGUGAAGUUGAAAGAGGGAUAUUAUGUAAUGGAUCCUGCCAAGGCAGUAGAAAUGGUUGAUGAGAAUACGAUAUGUGUUGCUGCCAUCUUGGGUUCAACUCUCACUGGAGAGUUUGAAGAUGUUAAGCUUCUAAACGAUCUCCUGACAGAAAAAAACCAAGAAACUGGGUGGGACACACCCAUACAUGUCGAUGCUGCAAGUGGGGGAUUCAUAGCGCCUUUCCUCUAUCCUGAACUAGAGUGGGACUUCCGGCUCCCUCAGGUGAAGAGCAUAAAUGUCAGCGGCCACAAAUAUGGCUUGGUUUAUGCUGGAGUAGGUUGGGUUGUCUGGAGGAACAAAGAGGAUUUACCUGAAGAGCUUAUUUUCCAUAUUAAUUAUCUUGGUGCAGAUCAACCUACCUUCACUCUCAACUUUUCUAAAGGAUCUAGUCAGAUCAUUGCACAGUACUACCAGUUUAUACGCUUGGGCUUUGAGGGUUUCAGAAAUAUCAUGGAAAACUGUAUGGACAAUGCCAAGGUGUUGAAGGCGGGCAUCGAGGGGACAGAGACAUUCGACAUUGUGUCCAAGGAUGUGGGUGUGCCGCUCGUGGCAUUCUCACUCAAGGACAGCGGCAAGUACACGGUCUUCGACGUAUCGGAGACCUUGAGGAGGUUCGGAUGGAUCGUUCCCGCGUACACCAUGCCUGCCGACGCAGAGCAUGUUGCGGUGCUCCGCGUGGUGAUCAGGGAGGACUUCAGCCGGAGUCUGGCGGAGCGCCUCGUGACGGAUAUCAAGAAGGUGUUGACAGACUUGGAAAACCGGUGGACGAAAGCCACCAUGAUCACCCAUGUCAAAGCCGAGGAGAACCCGGACGGCGGCGGCGCCGUCGUCCCCAAGAAGAGCGUCAAGCAGACGCACGAGGAGAUUGCCAGAUACUGGAAGCGAUUGGUGGAUCGUAAGAAGACCAGCGGCGUUUGCUGAGCGCAGGGUUCGCGGUAGGCCGCUCUGUUCUUGCAGCAUAAUAAUGGGUUUGCGUGUGGUUUAGUUAUGGUUUGGCGAUUAAAGCUGCUAAAUAAACAUGAAGUCCUUUUAAGUUUUAUUGCGUGUGGUUUGAGUGUGUUGGUUGGAUAUUGAAGCCGAUUUGGGUUCGUUGUGUAUCAGAAAUUACAACAUUAUUUCUUUA